AUGGCCGCCAGCUUCCUUCGCCCAAACAUAAUACGACAAUCGAGGACGGCAUAUCAAUGCGCGAUAUGCACUUCGAGAAGAGCAAGUCUGCUUGCCACAGCUCGUCCUCAUCCACAGCGAUACACAUCAAAGCUGCUACGGCCACCGAUAUCCAGGACGUAUGCCACUGUCAAUCCUGGCGACCCCAAACCUCCCAACAAGAACGAUAAAGAAGUCGAGAAGGACAAGAAGCAGGACAACGAUGAUAAAGAGCUAGGCGACACACCCACUCAGGCAAUAGAAAACACCAAGUCCGACUCUCCCACUGACGCUGAAGCAGCUGGCAAAGACUCACAGAAGGAUGGCGAGCCCCAGCAGGAUCCUAAGCAACCUGGCUUCGUCCCUCUCAGCGAGCAAGAGGUGAAAGCUAUACAAGAUGUUGCGCAGAUGGUCAAGAACGGCUUGCCCAAGUCGCAGUCUGAAGCUGUUGACGAGGCUGUCAAAGUCAUGUCAAAGGGUGGUAUACCGCAAGAGCUACGCGACAUUCUCGAGGAAAAAAAGAAGAAUCCUAACAAAAAGAUUGAUUUGGGCACAACCGUAAAGCUCGUAGGCGUUUUUACCAAGAUGAGCAGAAUGACGGCACAACAGAUUCGGGAUGAGUAUGGAGAUGGAAAAGUGCAGAGCAAGAAGAGUGAGGGAGAGAAAGACUCCGAGGGUAUGUUCGACCAGAGUAACAAGCAGCAACAGAGCGACAAGGAGGGCGAAGACCCGAGAGGAGAGAGAGCCAAGUCUCGCAGCAAGCAAAAUGCUGGACCUGGUGGACCACGUACCUUUGAGCUCAAGCUCGACACUGGUACGGUUCUGAUCUCAGCUUUCCUGUCCUACUACUUCUAUCGAUCUUUAUUUCCGGGUGAGGCCUCCAGAGACAUCACAUGGCAAGAGUUCAGGACCACAUUCUUUGAUAAGGGUCUUGUGGACAAGUUGACCGUGGUCAACAAAAACAGAGUUCGAGUUGAGGUACACAAAGAGGCAGUAGCCAACAUGUAUCCUGAGUCUCCUGCUGCACGGCAGAACUUCUACUACUAUUUCAGCAUCGGUAGUGUGGAGAGCUUUGAAAGGAAGCUAGACGAAGCACACGAUGAGCUUGGUAUUCCACAGAACGAGCGAGUACCUGUCGCAUAUACCGAUGAGGUCGGUCUUUCUGCUGCCAUUUACUCGUUCGGACCCACCUUGCUGUUUAUCGGUGUUUUGUUCUGGAUGAGCAGGCGAGCCGGUGGUGCAGGUGCUGGUGGUCAGAGUGGAAUCUUUGGUAUCGGCAAAAGCAGAGCCAAGAAGUUCAACCACGAGACGGACAUCAAAGUCAAGUUCAACGAUGUUGCUGGUAUGGACGAGGCCAAGGUGGAGAUUAUGGAAUUCGUCAGCUUCCUCAAGGAUCCUACUAAGUAUCAGCAGCUUGGUGCAAAGAUCCCACGUGGUGCCAUCCUGUCCGGUCCUCCAGGCACUGCUAAAGCUACGGCAGGUGAGUCUGGUGUACCAUUCUUCUCCGUUUCUGGAUCCGAGUUCGUGGAGAUGUUUGUCGGUGUUGGUGCCUCUCGUGUCCGAGAUCUGUUCGCCAAUGCGCGAAAGUCCACACCUUGUAUCAUCUUCAUCGACGAGAUCGAUGCCAUUGGUAAGAGCCGAGGAAAGAACCAAUUUGGUGGUGGCAACGACGAACGAGAGGCCACACUCAACCAGAUCUUGACAGAGAUGGACGGUUUUAACACUUCGGAACAAGUUGUUGUAUUGGCUGGUACCAACAGACCUGAUGUGCUCGACAAGGCAUUAAUGCGACCUGGUAGAUUUGACAGACACAUCUCGAUCGAUCGACCUACUAUGGACGGCCGAAAGCAAAUCUUCAUGGUGCAUCUUAAGAAGAUCGUUACCAACGAGGACCUCCCACAUCUGACUGGACGACUUUCGGCACUCACUCCUGGCUUCUCUGGCGCAGAUAUUGCCAACUGUGUCAACGAGGCUGCACUUAUCGCUGCUCGAGCUGAUGCCAAGUCUGUUGAGAUGACUCACUUCGAACAAGCCAUUGAGCGAGUCAUUGGUGGUCUCGAGAAGAAGUCCGUUGUUCUCAACCCUGAGGAAAAGAAGACUGUUGCCUACCACGAAGCUGGUCACGCCAUUUGUGGCUGGUUCUUCAAGUAUGCUGACCCUCUGCUCAAAGUCUCCAUUAUUCCACGUGGUCAAGGUGCACUUGGAUAUGCACAAUACCUCCCAGCCGGUGGCAACGAUGUGUACCUUAUGAACGUCAAGCAGCUGAUGGACCGAAUGGCCAUGACCCUAGGUGGUCGUGUAUCUGAAGAACUCUGGUUCGACACUGUCACCUCUGGUGCCUCCGACGACUUCAACAAAGUGACUCGAAUGGCUACUGCCAUGGUGACUGAAUGGGGCAUGUCCAGCAAAAUCGGCUAUCUCAACUACAAGGACGAUGAACAACGCCUACACAAGCCCUUCUCCGAGGAAACAGCCCGCAACAUUGACAUGGAAGUCCGACGUAUUGUCGAUGAAGCAUACAAGCAGUGCAAGGAUUUACUGACAGAGAAGAAGGAUGCUGUUCACGCUGUAGCGGAAGAGCUACUGAAGAAAGAGAUGCUCGUCCGAGACGAUCUAGUCAGAUUGCUUGGGCCACGACCGUUCGACGACCCAGGUGAGUUCAGCAAGUACUUCAGUGGGCAGACAGGAGAGAUUGGAGGAAAGAGUGCGCCACCACCACCGCCACUAGAAGGAGGUGGCAUGCCAGCGCCUGUUGCGUACAAGAAGAUUGAUCAGAGCUCAUCAAGCGCUUCGUUAUGA